GACAUGACAUAUGUCAAUUACCAAGCUAGAUGCUUCAGUUAUGGUGGUACUGAUAGUUAGCAUUUAGUAGUAAAAUUAACUGGGUUGUAAAAGUGUGUAAUGCUACAAAUUUUAAGUUUUAAUUUUAAAUUAUAAAUAUGGUUAAGCGAAAAAAUACAGCUUUAAUAGAUAGUGAUUCGAGUAAUGAUUCCGAAAGUGACUUGGAUUCGGAAUUUUUAAAACUUGCCAAAAACAAAAAGAAAAAGUCCCCGGCUGCUCAUUCAUCUGGAUCUGAUUCAGAAUCGGAUAGUUCGUUGAAAAAUGCAAAGAAAAAAGCAAGAAAAGAUUCUUCAUCAGAAUCAGAGGCUGAGGAGGGAGAAACUAAGAAACAAGAGGAAGCAGAAAAGUCGGAACCUGAAGAAGGUGAAGUAUCAGAUUCUUCCAGCUCUGAGGAAGAAUUUAAUGAUGGCUAUGAUGAUCAAUUAAUGGGAGAUGAAGAAGAUAGAGCCAGAUUAGCAGCUUUAACUGAGAAAGAGCGUGAAACAGAGAUUUUUAAAAGGAUAGAACAAAGGGAAAUGAUGAAGACGAGGUUUGAGAUUGAGAAGAAAUUAAGACAAGCAAAAAAGGCUGAACGUGCCAGAGACAAGCCAUCAAAACCUAAAGAAAAAGAUAGAGAUAAAGAAUUUGUAAGUAAGUUACAGAAUGAUUUUAGCACAAUUGACCACAAAGAAAGAAGCAAAGAGAGAAAGAAAAAUAUAGAAGAGAAUAGGGGUAAAGCUGAAAAUAAGAGAGUAAAUGCCAUGGCAGAAUUAAAGGCUAGAAGAGAAGGAAAGAUAAAAAGAGAGGAAGCCGAAGAAGAGAGGAAAAAGAAAGAGGAACAAAAAAAGAAAGACGAAGAAGAAGAAAUAAUGAGUAAGAAAAAUGAAACAAAAUUAAAAGCUUCAGAUAUUUACUCUGACGAUAGCGACUCAGGUGAUGGAGAAGCAGAACCUUCACCCACAGCCCAAAGACCAACUAUAGCAGAUUCAAUUAGAUCUAGGUCUCGAUCUAGAUCUAAAUCGAGAUCUUCAUCAAGCUCAAGUUUCAGUGAUAACGAAGAGGAAGAAGAAGAAAAGAAACAGGAUUAUUUGCCAUCCAGAGUCGAUCUUAAUUACGUACGCUUAUCUAGACACAAAUUGGAAAGAUUUGUCCACAUGCCAUUUUUUGAUAGAAUAGCGAAAGGUUGUUUUGUGAGAGUUGGUAUUGGCCAACACAACAAUGCACCUGUAUACAGGGUAGCAGAAGUUAUAGGAGUCUAUGAAACUGCUAAAAUAUACAAUUUGGGCAAUACAAAAACUAAUAAGGGUUUAAAGGUAAGGCAUGGUACUCAAGAAAGGGUGUUUAGGUUAGAAUUUAUAUCGAAUCAGGAAUUUACUGAACACGAAUAUCAGAAAUGGUUAGAUGCAACUAGAAUAGCAGGAAAUGAAAUGCCUUCUAAAAGUAAAAUGGAACAAAAACAAAUGGAUAUUAAGGAAGCAAUUAGUUACGAAUUUAAUGAAAAGGACGUAGAAAGAAUAAUUCAAGAAAAAUCUCGUUUCAAAGCGAAUCCUUACAAUUAUGCAAUGAAAAAAACACAACUGAUGAAAGAAAGAGACGGCGCUAUGAGUAGAGGAGACGAAGAUCUGGCAAGGGAGCUGGCUCAAAAAUUGGCUGCUUUGGAAGAGAGAGCAUCAGAAUUGGACAAAUUACGUACUUCAACAAUUUCCAGUAUUUCAUAUAUUAAUGAUAGGAAUCGAAAAAAGAACGUAGAGGAAGCGGAGAAAGCAAUUAUGGCCGAAGUUCGAGCAAAUAAAGGAAAGAAGAUUGAAGAUCCAUUUACCAGACGAUCGACAAAACCUAGGAUGAACUUUAAAUCGGGUGAAAAAGAGGCGCGGGACUUGAAAGAAGCAGAAAUGGAGAAAAAACUGUCUGAUCUGAAAACAAAUGAGGUGAAAGCCGUUGUAGAGACAAAGAAAUCCGUCCACGUGGCCCAAGUAUCUCAAGACGAUUUGUUCUCUGCUCAUGAUUUUGAUAUUAAAAUUGAUCUUGAAGUUCCUCUUGCAGCUACUCCAGUAAAUGUGGUGCCUAAGGCGGUAACAAAAGAUUUGGCUCCCAAAAGAAGUCUGAAUCUUCAAGAUUAUAAAAAGAAAAGAGGCCUUAUUUAGUAUUUAUGUAGACUCCUCGUAUCGAACUUGUUUAAAAAGAACCUCAGACUAGCUACCAUAGAACGAAUCAAAAAGGUAUUAAAUUUUUUGUCAUAACUCGUGAUUCAUAAUUUUAAAUAUUUAUUAUGAUUUUUUGUCAUCUAGCAAACUUUUUUGUUUCUUUAUAAUAUACAUAUGUAAGAUUUGUACAUAGUAGAUAUGAUGUAUGUGAAAUAUUAAAUGUACGUUUUUUAA